AUGCCAAAACCACGUGUAAUAUAUUGGUUUCGAACUGACCUCCGCCUUCAUGAUUCGCCCGCUCUCGAUGCAGCUCUCAAACUUGACCCAGAAGCGUUCUGGCCAAUAUGGACAUGGGACCCCCAUUAUGUAUACCGCGCUCGUGUGGGAGUUAAUCGUUGGCAAUUUCUUCUGGAUUGCCAAAAUGAUCUCUCAAGAUCCAUCACCAAAAUCAACCCACAAUCUAAACUUUUUCUGCUUCGUGAAGCGCCACAGACUUUGUUUCCCAAAUUAUUCAAAGCAUGGAGGGUAACACAUCUGGUAUUCGAAAAAGAUACUGAUGCUUACGCUCGCACGCGCGACGAAAGUGUCAUGAAGGCUGCAAAAGAAGCAGGCGUGGAAGUAAUCAUUCGUACCGGAAGAACUUUAUGGGAUAGCGAUGAAUUAGUCGCUCGAAAUGGAGGAAAACCUACUAUGAGUAUAAGUACUGUUCAAACACUUGGCCCCAAAAUUGGGAAAAUCCCAAGGCCAAUCUCAGCUCCAACUACAUUUCCGAAUCCUGGGAAUACGAAUCUAGACUUCGAACAAGAGUCCCCAGAAAAAGGUAUAGAUUUGAACAGUGGCGCGCGGGAGAAUGGUGAUGGCGAUAAAUCCUACAAGACUAUCGCCGGACCGAACCACGAUUUUGCGGUUCCGACAUUAGAAGAAUUGGGAUUUCCCGCUGCGACAACAUCUCAUCGAGGAGGCGAGACACUCGCUCUUCAGACGCUUGAUAAGCUCAUGGAGAACGAGGAGUAUAUCGCCAAAUUCGAGAAACCAAAAACGGCGCCUACGGAUUUCGAACCACAAGCUACUACUUUACUCUCUCCGCAUCUACACUUUGGAUCCCUAUCUAUUCGAGAAUUCUAUUGGAGAGUAAAAGAUCUCGUCGCAAAAUAUCAGGGAAAGGCAUCUCAAACACCGGUUUCUCUAGAGGGACAAUUACUAUUUAGAGAUAUGUACUUUGGCGCUCAAGCUGCUAUUGGUUAUGAAUUCGCGCAGACAGUUGGGAACGCUCAUUGUAGAUUUAUUCCUUGGCAUCUUCGCGACCCCGUUUCCUUGAUAUCAUCAUCUGGAUCUCCAAAUCCUAAUUCCCCACUUCAAGAAAAAUGGCUCUAUCGCUGGACACAUGGUCUCACUGGAUUCCCCUUCAUCGACGCAUUAAUGCGACAAUUACGCCAAGAAGGCUGGAUUCAUCAUUUAGGCCGUCAUGCCGUAGCAUGUUUCCUCACUCGAGGCGGUUGCUAUAUAUCCUGGGAACGAGGAGCCGAAGUCUUCGAAGAGUUAUUGUUGGAUCAUGAGACAGCGUGUAAUGUAGGAAAUUGGCAGUGGUUAAGUUGUACCGCAUUUUACCACAUGUAUUAUAGGAUGUAUAGCCCGAUAGCUUUUGGCAAGAAUUGGGAUCCUGAAGGAAAUUUCGUGCGGAAAUAUGUACCGGAGUUGAAGGGGUUAAAUAAGAAAUUCAUAUAUGAACCGUGGAAGGCGCCGAUGGGGGACUUGUUGAAGGCGGGGAUAAGGAUUGAGGGAGAUGGGAUGGAUGGGAAGAAGGGGGGGUGUUAUCCUAAGCCGAUGUUUGAUUUUGGGGAGAGGAGGACGGUUUGUUUGGGGGCCAUGAAGAAAGCGUAUGCGGUGGGAUUAUAUGGAAAUGAUGAGAGGGUAAAGAAUGGGACUUGGAGAGAGCUUUUUGGGAAGGACGACGAGGGAUUAAGCGGAGUAAUAGAGAAUAAGGGAGAGGUUGGUGGUGGUGAUGAGGUGGGAGAUGGAGAUGGGGCAAUUGAGGAGGAUGAGAGGGGCGCGGCGCGAACGGGAGAUCAUGAUAUGGGAAAUAAGGUUAUUGGGCAGAAGAGGAAGAAAGAAAAGGGACAAGCGACUCUUGAUGGAAUUUUUAAGAAGAAGAGAGUUUGA